AAACUACUCCAGCCAGCCCCUCUCUCUCUCUCUCUCGCUCUCUCUCUCUCUCCCUCUCUCCGUCUCUCUCUCUCUCUAUCAGCCUCUCACUCCGUCUCAAUAUGUCUCAAGAUGGCGGCCAAUGCGGGAUCGAUGUUUCAAUAUUGGAGGCGCUUUGAUUUGCAGCAGCUGCAGAGAGAACUGGACGCCACCGCUACGCUACUGGCCAACAGACAAGAUGAGAGUGAGCAGUCCAGGAAAAAACUCAUCGACCAGAGCCGCGAAUUUAAGAAAAACACACCAGAGGAUCUUCGGAAGCAGGUAGCUCCACUGCUGAAGAGUUUCCAGGCCGAGAUUGACGCAUUGAGUAAAAGAAGUAAAGAAGCAGAAGCUGCCUUCCUGAACGUCUAUAAGAAGCUGAUCGAUGUCCCGGAUCCGGUCCCCGUGUUGGAGCUCGGCCAGCAGCUGCAGCUGAAGGUGCAGAGGAUGCACGACAUCGAGACGGAAAACCAGAAGCUCCGGGAAACUCUGGAGGACUACAACAAAGAGUUCGCCGAGGUCAAGAACCAGGAGGUCACCAUAAAAGCACUUAAGGAGAAGAUUCGGGAGUACGAGCAGACGCUGAAGAACCAGGCGGAGAACCUGGCCCAAGAGAAGGAGCAGCAGCUCCACAACGACUAUGCAGAGAAAGAGAGGAAGUUGCAGGAGUCACAGGAGUCCAUGGCCUCCCGGCUGGAGGAGGCGGAGCACAAGGCCCAGAACCUACAGACAGUACUUGAAACAACUCAGGCAGAGCUAUUUGACCUGAAGACCAAGUAUGAUGAGGAAUCCACAGCAAAAGCCGAUGAGAUCGAGAUGAUCAUGACAGACCUGGAGCGAGCCAAUCAGAGAGCGGAGACAGCAGAGAGAGAGGCCGGGGCACUGAAGGAGCAGCUCACGUCAGCCAACAAGUCCCUGCAGCUGGCCACCCAGAUCCAGAAAGCUCCAGACAUGGAGCAGGCGGUGGAGGUGGUGUCCCGUUCCAGCCUGGAGGCGGAGCUGAGCGCCAAGGAGAGGGAGAUGGUGCAGCUGGUGGAGGAUGUACAGAGACUGCAGGCCAGUCUGGCCAAACUCCGCGAGAACUCCUCCUCCCAGAUUAGCCAGCUGGAGCAACAGCUCAGCGCCAAGAGUGCCACGCUCAAGCAACUGGAGGAGAAGUUGCAAGAGCAGGCCGACUACGAGGAGGUGAAGAAAGAGCUGAGUAUCCUCAAGUCUAUGGAGUUUGGGCCGACUGAGAGUGCAACAGUGCAGGACUCGUCUAAGCCGCUGGAGGUGUUACUGCUGGAGAAGAAUCGCGGUCUUCAAUCUGAGAAUGCUUCUCUGCGCAUCGCCAACACCGAGCUGAGCGGGCGCUACACAGCUCUCCAGGUGGAGUUUUCGGCUGCAGUGAGGACCAGCGCUGAGCAGAAGGAGCUCAUCCUCAAACUCGAGCAUGAUCUCAGCACCAUCCAGACCAUGUCCUCCCUGUCCCGCCCUGAUGCUGAGGGGGCAGAUCUGAGUGGCAUGGACCGAAUCCCAGAGCCUAUUAAGGAGGCCACAGCCCUGUUCUCAGGUGUGGGCAGCUCAUCUCAGGCUGAGCUUCCUCAGGGUCAGAUGGACUCUCUGCUGUCCAUCAUCUCCAGUCAGAGAGAGAGAUUUCGAGCUCGUAAUCAGGAGCUGGAAACUGAGAGCCGCUCUAUGCAGCAGACCAUGCAGGCCCUGCAGAGUGAGCUGGACAGCCUGCGGGCGGACAACAUCAAACUGUAUGAGAAGAUCAAGUUCCUCCAGAGCUACCCGACCCGAAGUGGAGGGACUGAUGAUACAGUGAUGCGCUACUCUUCGCAGUAUGAGGAGAGACUGGACCCCUUCGCCUCCUUCAGCAAGAAGGAGCGCCAGAGACGAUACCUGAGCCUCAGCCCGUGGGACAAGGCCACCCUCAGUCUGGGUCGUGUCAUCCUGUCCAAUAAAAUGGCCAGAACUGUUGCUUUUUUCUACACCCUCUUCCUUCAUUGCCUGGUCUUCCUGGUUCUCUAUAAAACAGCCUGGAGUGAGAGCGUCGGUCGGGACUGUGCUGCCUUCUGUGCUAAGAAGUACGCGGAUCACGUCCACCGUUUCCAUGAGAACGCGGAAAACGGAGACAUGUGGCAGUGAUGUCGGCCGGUGCUGCACACAUCAAACAUGAGGAGUUUCUAGUCACCAAGUCUUAGUGCUGCAUUCAGAGGGUUCAGAGUUAGAUCAGAUUAAUAAACCAGAUUUGACAGUUUGUCUGGCUCAGUUUCAAACUGAGAACAGGUGAAAUUUCAUUAACAGCCCUUGAACACAGCAUGAAGACAUAAGCCUCGUGUCUCUGUCCUCCCUUCAGCUCUCUGCAGUAGCUGCUCACGACCACUAGAGGGCAGACCUGUAUUGUGUUAGUGCUUUGAUUUGAUUUAGACCAGUGAGUCCAGCGACAAUCGUCAUCCAGAAUUCUCAUCCAGCCUGAAAUCACUGAAGAAACAGGAUGACCAUGAUUGAUUACUAUGAAUCUAAUCAAUGAAAACAUACAUGAUCUUUAUUUUACUUUAAGGUGGUGAAUCUGUAGAAAGAGGGGACCAGUUUAGAAUCACUAUUACAUGAUUUGCUAUUAUAGGGAAGGAUAAAUAUUAUAGAGUGAGGUUAAAGAUUAAUAGGUGGUGGAAUUUCAGUUACAUUAGAUAAUAGUUUACGUGUGUGGCUGAUUAUUUAUGGCAAAUCUCUACAUUAAAUCAAAGCUGUCCUGUUUAUC